AUGGAACAAGCAAUUACAAAAAGCGCAAAUUGGAAUGAUGGAGAUUUAUUGGACUCAACAGCUGAUCCAAACAUAUCAAUAUCGACGAUGCAAGAAGAGGUUCCAGCUUUAACAGCGGCUGCAAUAUUAGGCGUGACCGUGGUCGUCAUUAUCGCCAUAGCAGUCGUUUUUAUCUUGGGAGUACUUAUCGACUGCCGGCAGCAGAGGAUACUAGAGAAAAAGAUCGGCGAGGUUAGAAGAAAGAAGAAUCUCCGAAGGGUUAAGACACAUCCACAAAAUGAUGUUGUCGGCAUCGUAAACUGUAUGGAAGAUACAGGUCUAAGCGUCCCUCCGGUAGAGAUCUUACGAGAUAUACCAUAG